AUGAGAAUCCAGCUUGGUUUAGAGAGUUUCUUGGCGAUUGGCGCCUUCUGCGGGCACUGCGCUGCUCAAACCUUCCAGCGGCUUGGAACAUGUCCAACAUUGGGCUGUAUUAUUCCACCCGACCAAGCCGACUUCCUCCCAGGCCAACGAUUCGACAUCAGAGCUGAGGUUCAUGCCCCUUUGAACGGAAGUGAAGCGAUCCGUGGCUACACCACUCCCGAUCCCAAUUUCACCUUGACCAUCGAGCGGGAAGACGGAGUCGCUCAACCGGUCUCGGCCUUUUUCAACCUCACGGAACCAAAACUCGAGACUUGGAACUUUACUUGGUACGAAGAUCUUUUUGCUCAAGCCGCCAAGACUCCUUCGCAGGUCAAAGUUGCAUCAAAGGCAUGGCGAAAUGUCGCUCUAUAUGAGCCAGGCCAGUAUAUUGCCACCCUAAAGUAUCGAAAUGGCUCGCAAACGACGAUCGCCAAUUGGACCGUCCGGGAUAUUUCUCCUCGACAGCGGGCCAAGAACGUCGUGAUGUUCAUCGGGGACGGCAUGACCACAAAUAUGAUCACUGCUGCUCGCCUAAUUGGCCAUCAAUCCAUCAACGGCAAAUAUCAGACGAAGAUGGCCAUGGACCAGUUCCCCAUGCUGGGUCAUCAAAUGACACACUCGAUUGACAGUUUCAUCACGGACAGCGCCAACUCCGCGACCGCUCUCUACUCUGGCCACAAAUCCACUGUCAAUGCGUUGGGCGUCUAUGCCGACAGCUCACCGAACAAGUUUGACGACCCCAAGAUCGAAAGUAUUGCCGAACUCUUUCACCGGCUCCGAGGCGGCGGUGUUGGAAUCGUGUCAACCGCCUUCAUAGCCGAUGCGACCCCGGCCGCACUGACCGCUCAUACACGAGAUCGAGGUCAAUACGGCGCCGUCAUUGACUCCUUCCUGCGAGGCAUUACAAAUUAUACCUGGACCAACUGGACGGGUCCUGACGUGCUCUUCGGCGGUGGUGCCGAACAAUUCUAUCCGGGCAAAGGCUCUUUCCAGGGUAAAGACUACUACCAGGAGUUCGCUGAUCAGAACUACACUGUCGUGUGGAACAAUACCGCACUUCAGGCGUCAGAUAACUCGAGCAAGCAUCUUGGAAUUUUCUCGGUCAGCAACAUGGCCAAGUGGCUCGACCGAAAUGUCUACCCCCAGAAUCUGAACCAAUCUAGCACUGCUCCCGAUGGCUCGAAGGGGGCUGCUACUGAUCAACCCGGCCUCAAGGAAAUGACGCUCAAGGCUCUCGAAGUUCUCCAAACCCGCCACGGCGAGAAAGGCUUCUUUAUCAUGUCUGAGGCCGCCAGUAUUGACAAGAUGAUGCACGUGCUCGACUAUGAUCGUGCUCUGGGUGAACUUCUAGAACUGGACGACACGAUCAAAGCCACGAUCGCCUGGCUCCAAGACAAGGGCGAGCUGGAAAACACACUCAUCCUCGUGACUGCCGACCACGGCCACGGCUUCGAUGUUAUGGGAUCUGUCGACACUCAUUAUCUCAACAGCCAAAAAGGGCCCCGUGAGAAGCGCGGCGCCAUCGGUACCUACCAGAAUUCUGGGCUCAGUCAGUACGUCCUUGCCAACCGCUCAGCCCCCGCCGGCAGUGACCAGAAUCUCGUCUAUGGCCCUGGCGUCAACUUUCCCGCGAACUGGGACCCUCGAUACACGCUCUAUUCCGGGCUGGCUGCUUUUCCCGACCACCGGGAGGACUACACGGUUAACAAGAAAGGACCCCGUGUACCGGCCAUCAACAUCACGGGCUUCUCUGACGAGGAUUUCUUUGUCAACUACGUCGAUGCGGUGACCGGGUUCAUCAUCAACGGAUCGCUUCCUGUUUCGGCUGAUCAAGGUGUGCACUCUCUCACCGACGUGCCCGUCUUCACACGCGGGCCCUGCACGGAGCUGUUCUCGGGUGUCUUUAACAGCAUCGACAUCUUCUACGGCAUGGCCGAGUGUCUUGGCCUGAGCCGAACGAGCCCUUCUUGA